AUGUCGUGCAGCCUGGGGCCUGAGUUGCCCUCCCUGGGCAAGGAGCCAGGAGGCCCUCGAGGGCUGCUCUGGCUCCAGCGUCCCCUCCUUUCCUACCCAGGUGGCCUGGCCGGAGGGAUCGAGAUCUGCAUCACCUUCCCCACCGAGUAUGUGAAGACGCAGCUGCAGCUGGACGAGAAGGCAAACCCUCCCCGCUACAAGGGCAUCGGGGACUGUGUGAAGCAGACGGUCCGUGACCAUGGCAUUCGAGGGCUGUACCGAGGGCUCAGCUCGCUGGUGUACGGCUCCAUCCCCAAAGCUGCUGUCAGGUUUGGGAUGUUCGAGUUCCUCAGCAACCAGAUGAGAGAUGAGAAGGGGCGGCUGGACAGCACACGAGGCCUUAUCUGCGGGCUGGGUGCUGGUGUGGCCGAGGCCGUGGUGGUGGUCUGCCCCAUGGAGACCGUAAAGGUCAAGUUUAUCCAUGACCAGUGCUCCCCCAAGCCCAAAUACCGCGGCUUCUUCCACGGCGUCCGGGAGAUCGUUCGGGAACAGGGACUGAAGGGAACCUACCAGGGCUUAACCGCAACCGUCCUCAAGCAAGGAUCAAACCAGGCCAUCCGCUUCUUCGUCAUGACCUCCCUCAAGAACUGGUACAAAGGGGACGAUCCCAACAAGGUCAUCAACCCCUUCGUCACAGGGGUGUUUGGAGCCCUUGCUGGAGCUGCGAGUGUCUUUGGCAACACCCCCUUGGACGUGGUGAAGACCAGGAUGCAGGGACUGGAAGCACACAAGUACAAGAGCACCUGGGACUGUGCCUACCAGAUCAUGAAAUACGAAGGGCCCUUGGCGUUUUACAAGGGCACGGUGCCUCGUCUGGGCCGCGUCUGCCUCGAUGUGGCCAUCGUCUUCGUCAUCUACGAUGAGGUGGUCAAGUUCCUCAACAAGGUGUGGAAAACGGACUGAGGUGGCCGGGCCGGGGCAGCCCCCACCUCCCUUGCCCCACGGGGCUGCAGCCGGAGAGUGGUGACCAAGCCCGCUGGCACUGCCCGGGGCCAAGUCUGCCCCACACGCACGCCCUACCCCCACACCCGGCCACCUUUAUGUUUAGGAACAGGCUCUGGAGCAGGUUAAAUUAUUAGUUGUGUGCUAAAAGGAGUGGGGAGGAAGCAGCAGCAUCCAGACCCCCAGCAUCCCAGUUAUGCCCACCCUGAUCCCCUGGUGACACUUCCACCUGGUCUCGCAUCACCUCCAAGCGCUGGUUAUCCAGGGUGAGGUGUCCCCUGGGAUGGUGGCCCUGUGCCCCCAGGGCCCCCCAGCAGCUAGGAGCUGCCAGCUGCCUAGGAGCCGGCUCUUUUUGGGGGUGCGGAGAGCCCCCCUGAGCCGUGUGGGCGCAGUGGCCAAGCUGUGCACCAGGCAUCACAGCUGGCAGAGGCUCCUGGGGCCGGCUGGGAGCGAUGCACUGGCUCUCACAGCAGCUCUGGGGAGGCCAACCACCUCUACACCCCUGGGGACAGGAGGGCAGUUACCCACUGGCACUGCCCUGGCCUCCCUCCUCCCUGCCAGCACUGAGACCCCCUGGGGUCCCGCUUAGCCCGAGGUUGCUGACCAGGUGCUGCUCAAAAUUGCACAUACAGCCAGGCCUUUAGUUCUCCUCACCGUGGGACCAGGAUCGGGGUGAGCCGGGUGCCCCCAUCACUUGCCGUUUACAGUUGAGGCGUGUGUGCGAGCCGGGGUGAGGAGGUACAGCCCCGUACCGCAGACUUGGCCCCUCGGCCAGGGGUGCAAACCCCUUCUUCUGCCACAUUCCCCCCAUCUGCCCUCCUGCCGCCUCUCCGUGGCCCCAUAGGUAAUCCUGUAGCUUUCAGAGCUUCACGCUGACCCACUAACACCCGUGGCUGUGGGGCCCAAGCCCUGCCCUGCCCCAUGCUGGGCUCAGCCUCACCGAUUUGUGCCAAACUUCUCCCAAAGGCGCUGGGGGGUGUGGGAGCUGGGGUUCAACCCGUCCCUCCUCCUGCCGCCAGUGAUGAACGCAGCCUUAACACGGGAGGGUGAAGGAGGAGAAGGAAAGCCCAGGCAUGGUUUGCCUGUGGCUUUCUGCUCUCAAGCCAGUGAGGGUUGGGUGGUUUGUUGGUUUUUUUUUUUAUUAUUAUUAUUCUGUUUUACAUUCCCGAUUUGAAUAAAAUCAGUCUGGCUUUA